CUGUCGAAACUGCAGGGCAUAAAAGGCUCAGAACACAUACACCCUGGGGAAAGCCGGCCAGGGACGUGGGAGCAACAACCAUGCACCAGACUUCUCUCUGGGCAGGUUUAGCGGUCUUGCUGCUUCUCCAAGGAGGAUCUGCCUACAAACUGGUUUGCUAUUUCACCAACUGGUCCCAGGAGCGGCAGGAACCAGGAAAAUUCACCCCUGAGAAUAUUGACCCCUUCCUGUGUUCUCACCUCAUCUACUCAUUUGCCAGCAUCAGUAACAACAAGAUCAUCAUCAAAGACAAGAACGCUGCUGUUCUCUAUCAGACCAUCAACAGUGUCAAAGCCAAGAAUCCCAAACUGAAAGUUCUCUUGUCCAUUGGAGGGUACCUGUUUGGGUCCAAAGGGUUCCAUCCUAUGGUUGAUUCUUCAGCGUCACGCUUGGAAUUUAUUAACUCUGUACUCCUGUUUCUGAGGAACCAUAACUUUGAUGGGCUGGAUGUAAGCUGGAUCUACCCAGAUCGGAAAGAAAAUCCUCAAUUCACUGUGCUGAUUCAUGAGUUAGCAGAAGCCUUUCAGAAGGAGGUCAUAAACUCCAGCAAAGAAAGGCUUCUCUUAACUGCAGGUGUAUCUGCAGGGAGGCAGAUGAUUGAUAACAGCUAUCAGAUUGAGAAACUGGCAAAAGAACUGGACUUCAUCAACCUCUUGUCCUUUGACUUCCAUGGGCCUUGGGAAAAGCCCCUUGUCACUGGCCACAACAGCCCUCUAAGAAAGGGACAGCAGGACAGAAGGUCAAGCUCUUACUACAAUGUGGAGUAUGCUGUGGGAUAUUGGAUACAUAAAGGAAUGCCCCAGGAGAAGGUGGUCAUGGGCAUCCCCAUGUAUGGACACUCCUUCACACUGGCCUCUGCAGAAUCUGCUGUGGGGGCCCCUGCAUCUGGUCCUGGAGCUGCUGGAUCCAUCACCAAGUCUCCAGGCUUCCUGGCCUAUUAUGAGAUCUGCCAGUUCCUACAACAAGCCAAGAUCACAAGGCUCCAGGACCAGCAGGUUCCCUAUGCAGUCAAGGGGAACCAGUGGGUGGGCUAUGAUGAUGUGGAGAGUGUGCAGGCCAAGGUUCAGUUCUUAAAGAAUUUAAACCUGGGAGGGGCCAUGAUCUGGUCUAUUGACAUGGAUGACUUCACUGGCAAAUCCUGCAGCCAGGGGCCCUACCCCCUUGUCCAAGCUGUCAAGAGAAGCCUUGGCUCCCUAUGAAGGCUUAACUUACCAAGGAGCAGGCAAAGUGACCUUGCUGCCUGGGGCCUGCACCUUCUGUGGGAAUUCUUGUCUGGGAUUCCCCUUACCAGGCUGGC